AUGGGCAUUGCCAAGACCCGUGGACCUUUCCCUCCAGUUACCAUAAACCUUUCUCCGACGUCGUCUCUUACCUCAAUCCCAAUCCUCCCGUGUGUCUUUCAGUUCAGGGCUGUCGGUUUUUCUCAGCAAAUUAGAGCAAUAUGCCUCCAGUGCGCCAUAGCCUAUCUCAUGUCUGCGAGGAACUAUGUCCGAAGAGGGGCAAACAAACAUAGUGCUCCACUCCUUCCUCCCCUGGAAUUCGACAUUUAUUUAUCAGGGUUCCAAAUCACGACUAUAUCAUUCUUCUUAUCUUUCAUCUGUGUUAGCCUUCCAUGCUAUGGCAUGAGUUUUCGUCCUUCACAUACUACCAAACUGCAGAUGCCAGCUCGAGCCAGACAAACGCAAACACCACCUACUCGACUUCUGGUACAUAUGCGCUCACCACGAGUAACAGGAAUACAAAAAAGUCCGAGGGAGAGCAAGUUCAGCACGAACAGCCCCAAGCUUAACAAGAUGAUCUGGUGUAGCAACCAAUUCUUGAUCCACACGUCCGAAAUCAAUAUUGAUGUAAUUUCACUAGAACCAAGUGCCAGGGUGAAAAAUUACCAAACGAUCGAGACGAAGAGGUGUACUUUGUCUUUGGAGAACGAGUAUUGUGGGGGCUCAGAAAUGUUCGAGAGAAGAACAUUGAACCCAUUUCAUGAAACGCACGGGACCUUCAACAGCGGAGGGCGGGCUUGCUGGCUCUGGGAUAGUAUCAACGUUUCUAGUCUGAAGACCCGAUGCCGAUACGUACCUGCGCGGGAUAGCUUUGAUAGGAUUAUCCUAUUCAGAUAUGAUGGAGAUUUUACAGACAAUGAUCGUUUCACUCACAAGUUUUCAGUUCUCCUAAACUGUGGUCAAAACAGUGAGACUACUGAACCCUGA